CCUUACAGGCAAGUACUUUUGGAUGCUGCCCAGAAGGUUGGCAUAGAAGGAGCUGCAGAAUUCAUUAAUGACCCCAAUAAAGGCCUUAAAGAGGUUAAUGAAGAACUGCAGAAGUAUUCCUCUCAAAUUUCGGGUGUUCCACACUUUGUGAUUAAUGGAUCAUAUGAGAUCAGUGGCGGGCAACCUCCAGAGGCCUUCUUGCAUGCAUUUCAAGCGGUAUCAAAAUAAAUAAAUAAAGCUGGUAAAUAUAUCUCGUUUAUGCCUAAAUAUGGUCCAUUUAUGUGACAUGAGUGACUAUUGGAAAUCUUUCUGUAACUAUGUUGCUGUUAUAUUUACUUCUGAGUCAUUCUGAUGGUCUAACUAUAUUUAUACUAUAAUAUACUUUUUGCAUAUAUG